AUGCUAUCUACACUUAUUGGUCCCGUUUUAUCGCUUCCCACAACCGAGAACCACAUUGAAUCAAAUGAUUUGUGUCCAACACCCGACUGUUUGGAUGCAACAGCGAACAUACUUGAAUAUAUCGAUGAAACCGUUGAACCAUGUGAGGAUUUUUUAAAAUUUGCAUGUGGUAAUUAUCCAAAGAUUCUAACGCUGCCUGCAGACGUACACGAGGUAAUUCAGUACAAUCUGCAAGCCAAACUUCAUUCAUUGAUUAUGGAAGAGAUCAAUGCCAACGAUUCACGACCAUUCAAAUUGGCAAAAACGUUCUACCGCGCAUGUAUGAACGAGGAACAGAUCGAGGACCACUUUUUGGAGGAAUUAGGUAGCAUAACUGAUAAGCUCGGUGGAUGGCCCAUUGUUAUUGAUUAUCCAGCACUGCCGAUUGAUUGUGAAACAUUGAUCAAUGGGCUGGAAGAUGCUGAAAUGAAGGAAUUCGCUCAAUUGUUGGUUGACAUUGCCGUCAUCUGUGGAGCGAGGAUUCGAAGCGCAGCUGAACUGGAAAUCAAUGAGACACUUGAAUUUGAAGUUGAAUUAGCUAAAAGUCCUUUGUUUGAUGGUGGCAUAGAAGAUAUGGUCAAAAGUAAGGAAGAAGCGUUGUUUCAUUCAUUGCUCAUGGAAAAAAUCAAUCCAAACGAGCUGCGAUCGUUCAAUUUAGCAAAAAAAUCCUACAAAUUAUGCAUGAAUACAACAACGAUUGAGGAUCAUGGAUUGGAGCAAUUGUCCAAUAUAACCGAUACAAUUGGCGGAUGGCCUGUUAUCAGAGAUCUCGUUAAAGGAUUUGAAAAUGACGCCAUUCGGUUGUACUACAAAUUCAUGGUUGAUGUCGCUGUUGUUUGUGGAGCCGAUCGCAGUCGAGCUGGGGCAGAACUUUUGGAAACUCUUGAAUUUUUGAUUGAAUUGGCUAAAAUGUCUGCAUCAAGUAAUGAAGAUCUUUCAGAGUUACCUAGACAUCAAAAAUUGGAAACACUUCAAGAAAUCUAUCCGUAUAUACAAUGGGUUGAUUACAUUAAUGCAUUGAUAACGCCACCCGAUUCAGUCGAUGGAAAUGAAGUUGUAUUCAUGCUUGCACCAUCGUUCUUCGAAAAAUUGGGCAAACUAUUGCAAAGUACACCAAAACGUGUGGUAGCAAACUAUUUGGUGUGGCGUACCACAUCUAUUUCAUUGAAUUAUUUAACGAGAGAGCUUAUCCAGCUUAUGAAUUGGUCACAGAUACAAAAAUUGAAUGUUGGCAUCACUUCGAGAUGGGCGGAAUGUUUCAAACAAACGAAAGAGCAGUAAGAGGAAUUGAUGAUUGAAACUGAACCGCUGAUAAUAAAUUCCAGGCAGAUUUGGAGAAAUUGAAAAAGUCUGAUGUACGCAAACAGGCACUUUGAUAUGUUGGUACGCAAAUAAGACUCUGUAUAUUGUCAAAUUUUGAUUGUGUUCUGCAAUGAAUACAACAAAAUUGUGAAACGUAUUCAAGUUUCACCUUCGCAACGAUGCGAAAAAGUGUGCGAUUCACUAUCGGCGGUUCAAUUAUUUAUCUAGAUAAUAAUCGACCAUAAACUUUAUCAACAUUACCAAUUUCAUGCAAUUAU